ACACACACAUACAUAUAUUUAUUUAUAUAUACACAAAUACACACACACAUGUAUAUACACACACACUUGUACCUUAUCUAUGAAUGGAGUUUACACGUCACAGUCACUAGAGGAGCCAAUGAGCAGGGGGCACCUUCCCCCAGUAACUUUCUCAUUUUAUGAAUGAAGUGGAGACUGUGGAGUAAAAGAAGCUGCUGCCCAUUCCCAGCUCUGAGCCCCUCUCAUCUCCCUCAUUCACUUCAGCUUCGUGUGGAUCAAGAUCUGGAGCCUGUCGGGUCGGUAGAAGCGACAGAAGUCUCCUGGGUUCACAUAUCGAUCUGCCCAGAGAGGGAGAGAGACACAGACAGAGCGAGCGGAAGCGUUUGAGCGAUCAGAGAGCGACACUUGCUACAAUUGUAUCCAGAACUUCUCUUCCUCGCGCGGCGCAGAGACCCAACUCCUCAGGUCGCAUCUGUCUGACCUCAACCGAUCCGAUCUCAUUGGAAAGAGAUUUUAUAUCCAGAAGCGACAACAUCUCUCUGACCCGGGAGACCAAAUCCUUCCAGAGAUCCAGAGGAGUCACGGGAUAAAUCUGCCCAGAUCCACAAACACCGGCUCCUCCACAAUAACAGCGCUCAGUGCGGAGUUUCCUUGUGAUCUGCCCUGACGUUUUACUUCUAGUCGCACAUCCUGAGAUUUUACUUCUAGUAGCACAUCCUGAGAUUUUACUUCUAGUCGCACAUCCAGAGAUUUUACUUCUAGUCGCACAUCCAGAGAUUUUACUUCUAGUCGCACAUCCAGACAUUACUUCUAGUCGCACAUCCAGAGAUUUUACUUCUAGUCGCACAUCCAGACAUUACUUCUAGUCGCACGUCCAGACAUUACUUCUAGUCGCACAUCCAGACAUUACUUCUAGUCGCACAUCCAGACAUUACUUCUAGUCGCAUACCCUAUCUGCAAAGAGAACAGUCGCAACCAGAGGCAGAGCGACCCUGAGAUAUAGUCCCUCUCCCCUCCAGGACAGAAGUUCUCUCCAAAGAGUCCCCACUGGAGAAGCAGUGGACCAUACCAAUACUGGAGGGAAAGAAGGGGUGAAAGUCCAGACUGAUUCCUAUGGCAGUGCCCAGCUCUCAGGCAUGGGGGGAGCUCGGGUUACUGAAAGUCUCAGUGAGUAUUAAAAACAAAUUUGGGAAUACAAGUUUGGCUGCAGCAUUGAGGCAAAGUUAACCCCCCCAUGCCACUGAUUCCAUGUACUGAUGAACCCCCCUCCCCCCACCAGAGACCCCCAACUGCUCUCAUCACACUCAGGUCCCACUUUGUGGCAUAGAAAGGAAAGCCACUCAUAUAAUUACUUUGUACAAUAUUCUCCUGUCAGUGUGAGUGGGGGGCUGAGGGGAAAGAGUUGGGAAACAGCAGCCCUGGAAUAGAUCAGUAUUUUCUCUUCCCCAUUCGAUCCCUGACAGACUCUGGUUCCUUUCCUUCUGCUCCAGGAUAUAAAGGGGAAGUUGAACUGAACCUCUGACAUAUGGAUGGGAUUUCUGUGCUGUGACACUGGCAGAUAUGACUGUUUCCUACUGGGUCUGCUGCUUCUUCUGUGACUGUUGACUGCCUGUUGCUGACUGCCUGCUGCUGACUGCCUGCUGCUAGCCUUCUGGACUCUGGGCCAUGGCAUGUGGGUCACAAGGCAAGAGCCAAACUGGAAUCCUGCUGGACUUGCUUGUAGUCAGUCUCACUGGGUAACCUGGACCAAGGGAGUGUUAGAGCCAAACUGUGGGUCCUGCUCUUUGCCCCGGGGCAUCUUUGGAUGCUGCCAGCACAUUGGAUAUGGGAUCAACUCUGGAUAUGGGAUCAACUCUGGGCUGUUCCUGCUUCUGCCUGGUCUUCUGCUGCUCCCUGAUCACUUCUGCCUGCGCUGUGGUGGAUGCUGAUGAUGUCAUAACUAAAGAAGAACAGAUUUUGCUCUUGUUGAACGCCAAAGCAUUGUGUGAGAAACUCCUGAGUUCUAGAGCAUCCAAGGCUCAUGGUGGCUCUUGUUUGCCUGAGUGGGAUGGUGUUGUCUGUUGGCCUGAAGGAUUGGCUGGAAAUACAGUGUCAAUAUCUUGCCCCGAAUACAUCCACGAUUUCAACCACAAAGGCCAUGCAUAUCGAAGGUGUGACAUGAACGGUAGCUGGGAGCUGGUGCCUGGAAAUAACCGAACAUGGGCGAAUUAUACAGAGUGUGCAAAGUACCUGUUCAACGAGACCAAGGAAAGGGAGGUAUUUCAUCGCCUUUAUUUGAUAUACACCGUUGGUUAUUCCAUCUCCCUUGGAUCCCUAACAGUGGCUGUUCUAAUUCUGGGCUAUUUCAGGCGACUUCACUGCACACGGAACUACAUCCACAUGCACCUCUUUGUGUCUUUCAUGCUGAGAGCUGUCAGUAUCUUUGUGAAGGACGCGGUCCUGUACUCGGGUUCCGCUCUGGAAGAAAUGGAGCUAAUAUCGGAAGAAGAUUUAAGAUCUAUUACAGAUGUCCCUCCAGCCGACAAGAUGCAAUUUGUGGGGUGCAAAGUGGCCGUCACAUUUUUCCUCUACUUCCUCGCAACCAACUACUACUGGAUCCUGGUGGAGGGACUUUACCUGCACAGUCUCAUUUUCAUGGCUUUUAUCUCAGACAAGAAAUAUCUCUGGGGCUUCACGUUGUUUGGCUGGGGUGUACCUGCCAUCUUUGUUUUGAUUUGGGCACGGGAGCGGGCAACAGUGGCAGAUACAGAGUGCUGGGAUCUGAGUGCAGGUUAUUUAAAAUGGAUCAUUCAGGUGCCUAUCCUGGCCGCUAUAGUGGUAAAUUUUGGACUUUUUAUCAAUAUUGUUAGAGUUUUAGCUACAAAACUGAGGGAGACCAAUGCAGGGAGGUGCGAUACCCGUCAACAGUACAGGAAGCUGCUGAAAUCCACUCUCGUCUUGAUGCCUCUCUUUGGAGUCCACUAUAUAGUAUUUAUGGCCUUUCCAUACACCGAAGUGUCAGGGGUCCUGUGGCAGGUUCAAAUGCACUAUGAAAUGCUCUUCAACUCCUUCCAGGGUUUUUUUGUGGCCAUUAUUUACUGUUUCUGCAAUGGAGAGGUGCAAGCAGAGAUCAAGAAAUCAUGGAGCAGAUGGACAUUGGCUAUGGAUUUUAAGAGAAAAGCUAGGAGUGGGAGCACCACCUACAGUUAUGGACCAAUGGUUUCCCACACUAGUAUUACUAAUGUAACCACACGAGGGACUUUAGCCCUGCAUCUCAAUACUAGACUUGUAUCUACAGCCCUUAAUGGCCACAGGAACUUGCCGGGUUAUGUAAAAAAUGGCUCUUUAUCUGAAAACUCCAUACCUUCCUCAGGACCAGAUCAAUAUAACAAAGAUGAGGAAUAUAUAAAUGGCUCCGGCCUGUAUGACGGAGAAAGACCUACUGCUGCGGUGGUAGAAGAAGAAAGAGAAACAGUAAUGUAAAUAACUUCCAUUGUACCUCGAAGUGAAAGGAGGCAUCCCAUAGAAGCAACCAGUUUGGUGGAACAAUCAACUGGUUCUUUGUGGACCAAGAGAUGGAUGUGUGGUCUGCUUCCAGUGGGUAAUGAAGUGCUUCAGAAAAACCAUGGUUGGUUUCUUCUGAACAACAUAGGAAAACUGGUUGCAUUUUAUAUUUUACAUCUGUCUCAUGAGAGCACCAAAGCACAGAAUCACCAUCUUCAAGUAAUUAUCUUCAUUAUAGACAUGUUCCAGUUCAUUCUUUUCAAUGACUCAAAGUUCUAUUGUUCUUCACAAAAUUAUUAUUAGUCCUCUAUGUUAGAGACCUAUAUGUAAAUGUUUGUGAUUUCUUUAAGGCUACAGAGCAGCAUGUAAAGGACAAUAUAUAAUCAUAGCUGUUCUGAUAGGUCAACCAAGACCUCUCUCUAUUCCUCAGUGAAGUAUCUCUUAUACACGCAAAGCUACAAACCUCAUUCCAAACUACCCAACACUGAUGCAAGACAGAAAUGUGUUCUUCCAACGAAACGAUGCACAUUUAAAAACAUGCACGGUGAUUUGCUAUGAGAGCAGCCAAACGGCUUCACGCAGGUCCUCAGCAAUGCAGCCACUGCUAGCCGAAAGAAGACAAUUUUGUGGAAGUAAUCUAGGGCAUUUCUGAAUUGUUUAUGGAUUGCUACAUGGGAACAGUUAAUCUGUACAGAUUAUUGAUUCCUCCCUCAGGAAAAAAAAAUAUAUAUUGCGAGAAAAAAUUUAUCUGUAUAAUAUGGAGUUCAAAUUGAAAACAUUACUUAUGUUUACAUUACUCAUAUAUUUUUAAUAUAUGGAAAAAAUAUAAAAAAAUUAUAAUGAAUUAUUAAUAUAUAACAACAAUGAAAUGUUAACUUUCUGGUAAGAUAUAUCAUAUCAAUGAAAGCACUUUCAUGCGUCCGAAUCAUUGUCUGCAGUAAAUAAUCUUUGGCAUAAACAUGCGCAAGUCUUGUUGUUCUACAAAAUGGAGUUGUGUCCCCAUAUUGUUUCCACAAGAAUCUUCAAACUCAUAUAGUAAAGUACUCUCUUAAUUAUGCUAACAAUUUUAAAUUUGUCACCCUUAUCAUAAAAUAUCACAGUCUUCAUCAUUAUAUUUCUUGGUGGGUAUAGCAACAGUUCUUAAAAUCAGCUGGUAAAAUACCAACCAGGUGGUAUCCAAUCUCUAUCCACAUUGUCUACUGGUGGGACCCAUUAUGAAAACAAAAUGCAACAUUGUUAAUAUUUAAGAGCUGUUAUGGUCUGGGGUAAGCUUCUUCUUGAGAGCUCAUCUUAGGACAGGAGUUUAGAGGGAUAUUUAACAAUGCACUUUUCAUUCGAAUUAUAUAAAGCGUAAAUUAUGUUCCCUUUAUGGAAGAUACAUGUCCACUUGAAGGAGACAUCAACUUUAGGU